UCACCUUUCCUUGCCAACCUUCUCACAAUUACUCUUCUACUACUAUUACUAUUAUCAUCUUUCUUUCUAUCUAUCCUUCCUUCUUAGUUUUAACAAUGGAGUUCAUAGACGUUAUAAUGUUCCUUUUCGCCCUCGCCUUUCUUAGGUGGUGGUGGCGCCGUUGGUCAAAGACCGGGGGCGGCACUAAAAACCUACCACCGGGAGUUCCGGGUUGGCCAAUCGUUGGCAAUCUUUUCCAAGUUAUCCUCCAACGCCGUCCUUUCAUCUACAUAGUUCGUGAUUUACGUUUAAAAUACGGUCCAAUUUUCACAAUGCAAAUGGGUCAACGCACCUUGAUUAUAGUCACAGAGGCUGACCUCAUCCAUGAAGCCCUAAUCCAACGAGGCCCACAGUUUGCAAGCAGGCCUAAAGACUCUCCCAUUCGUCUCAUCUUCAGCAUGGGAAAGUGUGCCAUCAACUCUGCUGAAUACGGCCCACUCUGGCGCUCCCUCCGCCGCAACCUUGUGACGGAGAUGAUAUCACCACUUAGAGUAAAACAGUGCAGUUGGAUCAGAAAAUGGGCCAUGGAAGCUCACAUGAGAAGGAUCCAAAAUGAAGCACAUGAAAAUGGUUUUGUUGAAGUGAUGAGUAAUUGCAGACUCACCAUUUGUAGCAUUCUUAUAUGUCUAUGUUUCGGUGCAAAAAUAACAGAAGAAAGAAUCAGAGAUAUUGAGAGUGUUCUCAAAGAAGUCAUGCUCAUUACGCUUCCUAAGCUUCCAGAUUUUUUACCGGUUUUAACACCAUUAUUCCGCGGACAUGUGAAGGAAGCGAAGAAGCUGAGGAAGAAACAGCUGGAGCUUAUAGCGCCGUUGAUAAGGAAACGGAAAGUUUACGUGGAAAGUGAUGGAAAAUGUGGAGAUCCCGAAAUGGUGAGUGCCAUUGGUGCUGCUUAUGUGGAUUCAUUGUUUGGUUUGGAAGUGCCUAGUAGAGGGAUAUUGGGAGACGAGGAAUUGGUUACGCUCGUGUCAGAGAUUAUCAGUGCUGGUACUGACACGAGCGCAACGGCCAUUGAAUGGGCUUUGCUUCAUUUAGUGAUGGAUCAAGAGAUUCAAGAGAGGUUGUAUAGAGAAAUUGUUGAUUGUGUUGGAAAAUGCGGUAUUGUCAUGGACAGUGACGUUGAAAAAAUGCCUUAUCUAUGUGCAAUUGUGAAGGAAACUUUCCGGCGUCAUCCUCCUAGCCAUUUUGUGCUUUCGCACGCGGCUACGGAGGAGACAAAGCUUGGUGGAUACACUAUUCCGGCAGAUGCUAGUGUGGAGUUUUACACGGCUUGGUUGUCAGAAAAUCCAAAUACCUGGAAGGAUCCGGAUGUGUUUCGACCCGAGAGGUUUUUGAAUGGGGAUGGGGUUGAUGUUGAUAUUACAGGAACUAAAGAGAUGAAGAUGAUGCCGUUUGGUGCUGGGAGGAGGAUUUGUCCAGCAUGGACAUUAGGGACUUUGCAUAUAAACAUGUUGUUGGCCAAAAUGGUUCUUGCUUUUAGGUGGUUGCCGGUUCCAAAUUCCCCACCCGACCCAACAGAGACAUUUGCUUUCACUGUUGUUAUGAAGAAUCCUCUCAAGGCAGUUAUUGUUCCUAGAUCAAUUUAAGUUGUUACACUUACAAAUACUUUAUCAUUUACAUGGUAUUAUUUUCUUUUGCAUAUUGCAAUGCUAGUAAUUUGUUAACUAAAUUAAGAGUAUUUAGUACUCCAUAAGACUGGUAAUUCAGGGGUUUGUUCAUUGUUUAUUUUUCUUUUUGGUGGUGAUUAAUAUUGCUGGUUUAAAUGUAUAAUACUAGUAUCAAAUUAUUAAUUUUUGUUUAUGUAA